ACACAGAAUCCCACUAAUUAUUCCACGUGCUUAAUUACGUCGCUUUUGUUUUGAGACGAUUUCGCCUUGGGCUUUGAACGGUGCACCUGGCUCACGCCCGGGAGGCCGCCCGCUUCCGAAACCAUUGCAAACUUUCACACGGUGCAACACACGGGCCAGAUUAAUUGAAUCCCCUCAUUAUUACUUAGCCACGGUCUUGAUAUAUUUGUACCCAAUCAGCUUUGUAGUUGUGCGAUUAUAUUACCCAAUGGUAUAUUUUUUUUUCCCUCGAGAGCCAAUCGAAAUUCGACAUAGUGCUGUUUUUAAAAAUGUUUCAGGAAGUAUCGGUAGUUACCAGGAAGUUGUAAACAAUAAACACAACAGCGAAGCUAGCUGGCUAUUACUUUGUACUGAAUCUGUGACCGCAACGAAUUAACGUUAGUUACUGAACAAAGAAUCUGGGAAAUUGUUUCGUUGAAGAGCAGGUUGAAGAUAAAUUGAAAAUGGCAAGAGCUAUUCUGAACAUCUGAUGAUGCUGUGUUAUUAUGGUCACUCUCGUGACGUUAGCUUGUGGCUCUGUUUUGACAAGUAGAUAGCUACUGUAGAUUGCUAUCAACCACAUUACUCGCUAUCAACAAGGAUCGAUAACUAUCUAGCUAAACCUCCAAUAUAACAUUAGACGUGGAAACGUCUAAUUUGUGGCUUCUCUUUUAUAAUUCACCUGCUGCUAACUUCAAGCUAACUGUUGAUAGCUAGUCAACGAACUAGCUAGCUAUUUAGUAACAAUAAUAGUGAAUAGUUAGCUAGCUAAAUAGCGUUUUAAAUAACAUUAGCGUCAGAUCAGCUACCAUUGCUACAUUGAUUGAUCUGUUCUGACACACAUUUCCUCUGGACAUUGGGAUUCGAAAGCUAGAAGAACAGUAUUUAAAGAGCAUGUCUACCUCCAACUUCAAAAACAAAUGUGUCACUCAAGUGAAUUGUAUAUACUGUGAGAGUCUACUCUGCACAAGAGGAAUGAAGGCAGUGCUUCUCGCAGACACAGAAAUUGAGCUGUUCUCUACUGACAUACCGCCCAACAGAAGUGUUGACUUUGUGGCCAGCUGCUACUCUACAGAGAGCUGCAAAUGCAAACUGAGAGACAUAGCCUGUCUGAAAUGUGGUAAUUUUGUGGGGUAUCACGUGGUAGCCCCAUGUAAGCCCUGCCUGCUGUCCUGUAACAAUGGCCAUUUCUGGAUGUUUAACAGUGAUGCUGUGUCCACCCUUAACAGAUUGGAUGCUACAGGUUUGAACCUAUUGCUGUGGGGAGACCUUCCCGAGCUGGAGGACAGCGAGAACGAGGGAUCAGACACCCCAUCGGAGGAGGAGUGCAUCAGGUAGAGAGAGAUGGAUGACCGAUGGAAG